UAAUCCUAUUGAAUGCGAAGUGCGAAAACGUGAAUCGUAACCGAUAAAGGGAAGAUUAAAACAGUGCUUUAAUUAAAAACAUGGUUAUCAAGAGUCAAUCUUCAUCUUAUCGCGUCUAAUGUGUUCCUGAAGAGUGGUGGCAAACGAAUAUCACACAAUUUUAUUGUCUGUGGUAUCUCUGCACCUAACGGUGUGCCGUGAGGUGUGUGCGUGUGUGCUUGUAUGUGAUAUUGUUUUUGGUGUGAACAGGCCGAAACCAAACAAUACAUCAAAAUGCGCCCCUCACCGGCAUUGUUGACGAUGAUGUUUGGCACCAUUUUCGGUGUCUUUGGCGCCUCGCUUAGUAAAUCGUUGGUAAACCAAGCGCCCGACGAGUGCCGGUGGGACGGGUACUCCGAGGACGAUCUAACACUUCUGUGCCGGUUACGGACUAUCAAUAGUGAGCUCGAAAAUACGAACUUUAGUGUGUUGCAUCCUGAGAAUACCGUCCGGCUGCGGUUGCAGUGCAAUGAUGGAUUGUUCUUUCAAAGCAGCCUGAGCCCGGGUAGCUUCAAACAACUCACCAAACUACAUUCCCUGUCGAUUGAGUAUUGCAAAAUCGCGAACCUUAGUGAAGGAUCCUUCCAAGGGUUGAAGCAGCUCACCAACCUGACGCUACGAACACACAACACAGAUUGGUCCUCGAUAAGUUUGGACAUUGCGCCCCAAGUGUUCAACAGUGAGCUGUCUAAGCUGCAAAGGCUCGAUCUUAGCGAGAACAACAUGUGGAGUGUGCCGGAUGGAUUUAUCUGUCCGCUGUCGCGACUUACCUAUCUGAACCUCACUCACAAUCGAUUGCGUGACCUGUCCGUGUUCCAUUUCAGCGCGUCAUUGAGUACGCGACUGUCGAAGAAAUGUGGCAGCUCCAUCGUUACCCUCGAUUUGUCACACAACACCAUCGACAACCUGCCGCCUGCCAUAUUUUCCGGUCUCGGCAAGCUAACCGAUUUGCGACUACAUAGCAAUGGGCUCAACUAUAUUGCCGACCGUGCAUUCGAAGGGCUGGUAUCUUUGUCACGGUUAGAAAUUUCACUCAACCGUCUCACCAACCUUCCGCCUGAGCUAUUUUCCGAGGCUAAACACAUCAAAGAGAUUUACUUGCAAAACAACAGUCUGAACGUGCUAGCGCCAGGGAUUUUUAGCGACCUAAAGCAGCUUCUAAUGUUGGAUUUGUCAAACAACGAGCUUACAUCGGAAUGGAUAAAUCCUGCCACAUUUCGAGGAUUGACGAAGCUUAUUUUGCUCGAUCUUUCAAACAACAAAAUUUCGAAGCUCGAGCCCACAAUCUUUCGCGAUCUGGCCAGCCUGCAGGUAUUACGAAUGCAGGAAAACUUCAUCGAAAGCAUAGCUGAAAACACGUUCCUUGAGCUCACCGCGUUACAUACGGUGAUUCUGUCUAAUAAUCGUCUGUCCACUGUCGAUCAUUUUACGUUCAGCGGAUUGAAAAGCCUAACUCUACUCUCGCUCGACUACAAUCGCAUUUCACGCGUCGAUCGUCAAGCGUUGCGGAAUCACUCGACACUUCAGGAGCUGCAUUUGAACGGCAAUAAGCUGCUACAGGUUCCGGAUGCACUGUACGACGUGCCAUUGCUGCGGACUCUCGAUCUCGGCGAGAACCACAUCUCGAGCAUCGAUAACGCCAGUUUUCGUCACAUGGCACAUCUAUACGGUUUGCGGCUUACCGAAAACAAUAUAGAAAUCAUCCGACGAGGCACGUUCGAGGCGAUGAAGUCAUUGCACAUCCUCAAUCUGUCCCAAAACCGGCUCAAAACGGUCGAACAAUCAUCGUUCGACAACAAUACGAAGCUGCAAGCGAUCCGGCUGGACGGAAACUAUCUGACAGACAUAGCCGGCCUGUUCACCAAGCUGCCGAAUUUGCUGUGGCUGAACAUCAGUGACAACCAUCUGGAGGUGUUUGAUUACGCGCUCAUACCCACCGGGCUGCAGUGGCUAGAUAUUCACGCGAACAAAAUCACCGAACUGGGCAACUAUUUCGAGAUUGAGUCACAACUCGCACUGAGCACGAUCGACGCCAGCUCCAACCAGCUCACCGAGAUCACCGGAAGUGCGAUUCCCAACAGUGUGGAGCUGCUGUACCUCAACGACAACCUUAUCUCGAAGGUGCAAUCGUACACGUUCUUCAAGAAGCCCAACCUGACCCGGGUGGACCUAUUCGGCAACAAGAUCACCACACUCGAUCCGAACGCGCUGCGGAUAUCGGCCGUGCCCGACGACCGGCCGCUGCCCGAGUUCUACAUCGGCGGUAACCCCUACCAGUGCGAUUGCAAUCUGAACUGGUUGCAAAAAAGUAACAUCGAUUCACGAACGCAGCCCCGGUUAAUGGAUCUCGAUAGCAUCUACUGCAAACUGCUGUACAACCGUGGCCGUACAUACGUGCCACUCGUCGAGGCAAUGCCAAAUCAAUUUCUCUGCAAGUACGACACACACUGCUUCGCCCUUUGUCACUGUUGUGACUUUUACGCCUGCGAUUGCAAGAUGGAAUGUCCAAAGCAGUGCACCUGCUACCACGACCAGAGCUGGAGUUCGAAUGUGGUCGACUGCUCGCGGGCAGGCUACGAUGAUCGACUGCCCGAUCAGAUCCCAAUGGAUUCGACGCAGAUUUAUCUCGAUGGCAACAAUUUCCGGUCGCUGGGCAGCCACGCGUUCCUCGGCCGUAAACGGCUCAAAAUCCUCUUCCUGAACGGGUCCAGCGUGGAAACGGUGAGCAAUCGUACGUUUUACGGCCUGAAAGAGCUCGAAAUUUUGCAGCUCGAUCACAAUCUGCUGACCGCGCUGAACGGGUUCGAGUUUGAGGGGCUCGACAGUCUGAAGGAGCUGUUUCUGCAGUACAAUCGCAUAACGCAGAUCGCAAAUCACACGUUCGAUCAUUUGCACGGGUUGAAGAUCCUGCGACUAGAUCACAAUCGCAUCGCUGAGUUUAACGUUUGGCAUUUGCCGAAGCAGCUGAACGAUAUCAGGCUCGCGUUUAAUCCCUGGUCCUGCGAAUGUGAUUACGUGACGCGAUUCCAGGAGUAUCUGAAGACGUACGAUUUUGUUCGCGAUCGGCACAAGAUAAGAUGCGCAGCGUACGUAUCGAGCAAUGCGACUGCCGGUAUGCACAGCAACGGCACAGCAUCCAACACGAUCGCUAGCUUCGGUGAAGAUGUGCUUCCCGAUGGCAGUGGCACGACCACCGCCACCAGCACCGGUGACUUCCUGGUCUACUACGACAACAGUUCAACGCUGUGUACCGGGGCCAUCCCACUCGAAAAUGUGAUCAACGGAAAUUUGACCUCGCGAAAAACCAUUCUCUCACCGCAGCCAAUCGAGGGCUACAUUCCGUUACUGGUAACCGGUCUUUUCGGGUUUUCUUUGGUGAUUAUUCUGACGCUGGUGCUGUUCGUGUUCCGUCAGGAAAUGCGCGUCUGGUUUCACUCCAAGUUCGGUGUGCGCCUGUUCUACCGAAAUGCCGAUAUCGACAAAAACGAACGCGACAAGCUGUUCGACGCGUUCAUAUCGUACAGCUCGAAGGAUGAAGCGUUCGUGGCCGAGGAGCUGGCACCCAUGCUCGAGAAUGAAGACCCGUCCUAUAAAUUGUGCCUGCACUAUCGGGACUUUCCCGUCGGUGCGUACAUUGCUGAUAACAUCCUGCAGGCGGUGGAAUCAUCCCGACGUACUAUUAUGGUACUUUCGGAGAACUUUAUCAAAUCCGAAUGGUGUCGCUUCGAGUUCAAGUCGGCACACCAUCAGGUGUUGCGCGAUAGACGUCGUCGUUUGAUCGUUAUUUUGCUGGGAGAAGUGCCUCAGAAGGAUCUCGAUCCCGACAUUCGACUGUAUCUGAAAACGAACACAUACCUCCAGUGGGGUGAUAAAUUAUUCUGGGAAAAGCUGCGGUUCGCCCUGCCCGAUGUCCCCAACAACCAACGAAGACAGCAUCAGCAGAACAUCUCACUGACACACUCAAAUGUUCGCAACAGCUAUCAACUUACCCGUUUUGCGCCAAACAACCGCACAAAUAAUCAACUAGCUGCACAGCAUCAAGAUCCUCGAUCGCAGCCACGCUCUCCCGAGUACCAUUCGAGCACUGCGCAACCACUGCCGGGUCUUGCAAGCACCGAGAUGCAGGCACAACAACUGCACAGUAGCCAGCAACAGCAACAACAGCCACAGCAGCAUCAACCGCAGCCAACACAAGCGCAAUUAAGAGCUUCUGCUCCGUUGAACACAUCGCCCAGAACAGUUGGCAUUCACAUCUAAAAGCGGGAUGCUUACUGUUUCUACAAAUGUAAAUAAUAUAAAUAAUACAAUGAUAUUCGAAGUCGUCUUAGACGUGUCCGUUGAAAUCCAGAGUUUAUGCACGCAAAUGAAAUUGUGAUAUUAACACAUGUAAGUUAUUU